UUCCGUUUGCCGUACAGCCCAGUCGGCGAGGUCAGCAGCAGCAGCAGCGACGCGGGAUGCAUGACGCCGCUGCCACGUACGGCUUCAUCCUCGCGAGCGCCCAGCGCGCAUGCGCAUCAUCUCUGUCAAGCGUCUACCUCUGGAAGCUCCGGGAGAUCCGCAUCCGCCUGCGCGAGGCGAGCUACAAGGACGACGUGUCCUUUGUCCAGGACCUCGUCACGUUGCUUCGCACCGUCAGCGAUGCAGCAGUGUAUUCGGCGGCAGCGAACGAGAUCCAAGCGGCCAUGAAGCGGAUGGGCCUGCCGCCUCCGACACUACCUCCGUGGCCCACGCCCGCACCGCCCGUCCUAGUGCCAACCCCGUUGGACCAUGCGGCGGUCUUGCGUCAGUCCGAGGAGCAGCUCAAGCGAUGUGUUCGCACACCGCCGAGCGCCCAACGCCCAUCGACAUCAAAGUCAACGAGCCAGAAACCAGCGACGCCCAAGGCGACGACAUCGUCCAAGCCCAAAGCACGACCGAAAGCAGCAACAGUCGCACACGUCAAGAUUGAAUCCACCGCGCCUGCACCCACAAGGCCACGAAGUGCUCGGUCGUCGUCGGCUAGCAGCGAGCCGAGUCGCCUGUCUCGGGCGGCUGCACUCGCAGAGACCACCCGGAGCACCGAGACACGGUCGAGGGCGGCGAGAACAAAGGUGACACCUCGAAAAGCAGGCGCCGCAGCGCCUUCUCAAAGCAAGCCGCGAUCUCGCACUGGGAAGCCCGAAUCCGUCAAAUCCGACAUCGACGAUGACGCGCCGCGGCGCAAGGCGGGUCGCCCGCCGCUGAUCCCGCUCGAGCCCCACAUCGUGGAUGCUCCGACGCUGGCGAGGCUUGAGAUCCUUCGCUCGCUGCCAGAGCAAGGCUUGUGUCCGCACCUCGAGCGCCAAGCCAUCAACCUCUACUCGAACAAGCGCGAGCGUCUCUUGGCCCCUGUCGCCAUGGGGGCUCUCAAAGAUGGACGCAUUGUCUGCCGCGGCGACGAGCCCAAGACCUUCAAGCAAUUCUUCAAGCAGAACAUUAAAAACGCAGUGCCAGGGCAAAGUCCUUGUGCACACAUUUACAUUGUCUCGAUGAAGAAGAGCUUGGACCUGCACCUCUUGGAGUGCAGCCAUUACGCGGCCAUUGAAGCAUCCGCCGAGCUUGGCGACGAGACGGUCGUUACUACGGAGACGACGACACCGACUCUGACGCCGCGAACGUCCCGCAAGCGCAAGCGCGAAGCCAAAGAAAAGCCACCGACGACCAAAGAGUUCGUCUCCUAAGAUCGUAGCGUUGAACCGAAUAGAAAAGAUCAACAAUCAGCGCGGUUGAAUGCAGCGAUGACCUUAUGAC